AUGGCUCGUGAGGACGCGUCUGUUCCAAGAUCGCACGAUUCGGCUGAUGCCAGCCCCAAUUCCACAGCAAAAGAGAUACCUGUGCCGCAACCCCCUCUAUUGAACUUGAACUUGAAUUUGAACAUGAAUAGCGGCUUCAAUCUAUCCAACUGGUGGCACCAGAUCACACUGAUUGAAGCUGACAGUAGUGACGACCGCAACAACAAUAAUAGUAACAAUGGCAUCAACGCUGCAGAGUCCGAUUCAGCCCAGUCUCAACCUAUUGUAGUCUUGGGCCAUUCAUACCAAACGACCGAAGAAGCUCACGAGGAUAUCAUCAAGAAGUUGUGUCUCACAUAUCGAUAUGGCUUCGAGCGGAUACCCCGGGCUGUUAAUGGUCCCAGUCCGUUGUCGUUUAUGCAAUCGGUGAUCUUCAGUAAGAGUCUUCUCUAUAAUCUCCAGAACUUCAACAACUUCAUCGAAAAGGAAAACUUCACUACAGAUGUAGGAUGGGGGUGUAUGAUACGCACUUCACAAAGUUUGCUCGCCAAUACCUUCGUGCGUUUGCUAGACAAACAAAGCGACAUUAUCGCUCUCUUCAACGAUACCUACUUAGCACCGUUUUCAUUGCACAACUUCAUUCGUGUCGCCUCGUCACUGCCAUUGAAGGUCAAGCCUGGCGAAUGGUUUGGUCCCAAUGCUGCAUCUCUCUCGAUAAAACGUCUCUGCGAUGGCUAUUAUGAUAAUUCGACGUCAGAGACGAUCUUACCACGAAUCAAUGUGCUUAUCAGCGAAAGCACUGAUUUGUACGAUAGUCAGAUUGCCCAGUUGCUUGAGCCAAGCACCGAGACCAAGGGCUUGUUGGUACUCUUGCCCGUCAGAUUGGGUAUCGACAGCAUUAAUUCUUAUUAUUUUUCAAGUUUGCUCCAUCUUCUUUCGCUUGAGCAAUCUGUAGGAAUCGCCGGAGGCAAGCCGUCCUCGAGUUUCUACUUCUUUGGCUAUCAGGACAAUAGUCUCAUCUACAUGGAUCCACAUUCAGCUCAGAUAUUCAGCAGUGACAUUGAUAUGAGCACCUACUACGCCACACGAUACCAGAGGGUUGACAUUGGCAAGUUGGAUCCGUCUAUGUUGAUUGGAGUGUUCAUUCGUGACUUGACACUGUACGAAAAUUUCAAAAAGAGCUGCCUUGAUGCCGCGAACAAAAUUGUCCACUUCCAUGCGACGGAGCGUCUGACGGUACCUGAGUCCAGACGAAAGAACUCCGAGUUCGUCAACAUCAACAGAAGCGAUUUGAAGGACGAAGACUAUAUCAAUAUCGACAGAGUCAACCGCUUGGACAGCACUGACGACUUCAUUGACUUAGGCGAUGACUAUGUAGAAACCAACACGAACUUGGAAGAAGCUACUCCGCUGGCGGAAGAUACAGUUCCUGUUUCUACAUUAAGUGCCAGCGAGCUGGAGAUAACAACAUCUUCAUACGAAACACCUACUUCAAAGGAUGACAACAGUUCCAGAGCAAGCUUGGACGUGGUAGUGCUCGACACGACAGGUGAACAACAGGAAUAG